AUGGCGUCUUUCUUAAGCAAGUCCUUUGGCCACAAAGGCUACGCGGCUUUUCGACCCACCUACCCAGCUGAACUGUACAAAGCAGUCCUGUCUUUCCACCAGGCCUCUCCGGAUGCCGGGCGCACGCUGGCUGUAGACCUUGGCACCGGGCACGGUCUGGUACCUCGCGAGUUGUCCCCUCACUUUGACUCUGUGAUCGGUACCGAUCCCUCGGCGGGGAUGAUAGCCCAAGCCCGUGAAAUCUCAACGUCUUCCUCCGCAACCUAUCCCAACGUGAGGUUCCAUCAAGCUGCAGCAGAGUCUUCCCCGUUUUUGUCUGACCGACGGGUCAACCUUGUGACUGCCGCGCAGGCAUCCCAUUGGUUCAACUACCCGAAGCUGUGGCCCGAGCUGGCGCGCAUUAUGCAGCCCGGGGGUACGUUGGCAUUUUGGGGGUACAAGGACCACGUUUUGGUGUCGCAUCCCAAAGCGAGUGAGAUCAUCGAGCACUUUGCCUACCAGAAAGAUCCAGACCUCCUGGGAAGCUACUGGCAGCAGCCUGGACGACGCAUUGUACAGGAGAAGCUGCGAGCUGUGGUACCCCCCGCUGCUGAAUGGUAUGAUACCACGCGCAUUGAAUACGAACCUAGUACGCAGGGUAUCGGCAGUGGCCAGGGUACACGCUUCAUGAGUGCCCGUAUGACUCUAGGCGCAAUGGAGGAGUACAUGCGCACGUGGAGCUCAUUCCACAAGUGGCAGCAGCAGUUCCCGCACCAGAAACGUCGUGGAGAGCAUAGAAGUGGUGACGGCGAUGUGAUUGACCGGAUGAUGGAUGCUAUUCGGGAGGCGGAGCCCGGAUUACGCGGAGAAGGAUCCCGAAACAGUGUGGAUUGGAAGGCCAUCGAGGUUGAUGUGGAAUGGGGCAGUGCUUUGGUCCUAGCGCGCAAACGAGCAUGA